CCUCCUCCCUUUCACUUAGCGCAUCAGGAAACCUCGGAAGAGAAUGAUGUGAUAUUACGCAGAUAGUUUAGAACAUUUACAAUUGAAGUUUUAUUUCUGUGUUGAUUAUUAUUGUUAAUAGCCAUAAGCAAAGUUGGACAUUUUUUUAUAACUGUCGAUAUUGUUUUAUUACUUCACCAUGGGCAUAUGCACGACGAUUUACGCCUGUGCACACGUCUGUGUAUUCGUUUGCUUGUUACAAACUGCCCAAUCUCAGCUGCACCCCGAGACAAGAACAGGGAGUAUCGAACCAGGAGCAGGAACUUUACGUCAGACAAUACAGUGGGUGCACAAUGGCAAAUUGUUUAGUCUUCUGACCCGCGGCUCGGAGUAUCAAGCAGCGUCAAAACCUAUCGCUGCCAUCCAAAACGGACACGCGACUGGGGAGGCAAGCAAUCAUUUGGACUCGGCAAGACAGCCUCCAUCACAAGCAUCUAUCCAGAGUCUGGUCGGAGAUACAGAAGCGCGCACAGUUGGCCCACGCUUUCUCCUUCCUCAAGUUCGAAAGCGCUCGGGGAUACACGGGCAUGUGCGUCAGGAUGUCCAUCGAAGUGUCCGUGCUGAAACAAAGCCUAUUUCCACAAAGAAUGAGACACAAGACAAACCCACUGCCAAAACCCCCCAAACAAGGAGAGAAGACAUGAUGGUGGGAGAUGACCCAUAUGACCCAUACAAAUCCACUGAUCCCGAUAACCCUAACUACAAUUACUAUGACGCUUAUGAAAGACCAAGGCCCAGACAGAGACCAGGAUAUGGCACUAGGUAUCACCAGUAUGGUCUACCUGAUCUUGUGCCAGACCCAUACUACAUCCAAGCCUCUGCUUACGUUCAGAGGGUCCCUAUGUACAACCUCAGAUGUGCAUCAGAAGAGAACUGCUUGUCAAGCUCUGCUUACAGAGGGAGUGUGAGAGACUAUGACACUCGUAUGCUUCUGAGGUUCCCUCAAAGGGUGAAGAACCAGGGCACAGCUGACUUCUUGCCAAGCAGACCACGCUACUCCUGGGAAUGGCAUAGUUGUCAUCAGCACUACCACAGUAUGGAUGAGUUCAGUCACUAUGACCUGCUGGAGGUGAGCUCUCAGAGAAGGGUGGCAGAGGGCCAUAAGGCCAGCUUCUGUCUGGAGGACACAUCCUGUGACUAUGGCUACUACAGACGCUUCGCCUGCACUUCACACACCCAGGGACUGAGUCCGGGAUGUUAUGACACUUAUAACGCAGACAUAGACUGCCAGUGGAUCGACAUCACAGAUGUGAAACCUGGAAACUACAUCCUGAAGGUCAGUGUAAACCCCAGUUACCAGGUCCCAGAGUCAGACUACAGCAACAACAUUGUGCGUUGUGAUGUUCGCUACACGGGCAACUAUGCUUAUUUGUCUGGAUGUCACAUGUCACCGUGAGUGUGAAUCUUCUCAAUUCAGAUAAUACUACAUUUAUACUUAAUAUCUUAUACAUCAUCUCAAAUUGUUGUAUUACAGUCCAUUUUAGUACACAAGGAAUCUUGAUCUAUGGUUUUUGCUUUGUUGUUUCAAUUUGCAGAUAUUAAGCGAAUAUAUUUACUCUUAAACUCCCAGGAACCAUAAUGCUUAUGACAGGACUGCAAUGUCUUGCAAUUAUUAUUUUUGUUGCUUUAAUUACUCUCUAUUACUAUAAUACAACUAGACAUUUAAGUCAUUGAAAUUAUGUAAACCCAGUUUCAGAAAGAGAAUGCUGUAACAGUAAUCCAAGAUACAAAAAUAUUAUGCAUUUAGAAUGCCUAUUUUCCUAUUUUCAAAUUAUCAUGUAUUUUGUGUCCUUCUAAUCAAUUUCAUCCAAUUAUUGGUAGUAUUAUGUAAUUACAUUAGCUUUAUACAGCAUUAUAUUAUUUCUUGUGUUUUUGCAACUCUUAUUUUUUUUAAUAAAUAAUUUCAUGUUUUUAAAGUUGUGGUAACUUAAACUAGGACUGUAGGCUAUAAACCAAACUGUGUCAUUGUACGAAUGCCAGGUAACAUGCUAGUUACUUCUGUGGGUUGUUACAUUUGUUUUGUGAAGAAUUUAGAUGCUUUGUAGUCUGUGUUUAUUUAUGCAAAUGCUCAAAUUACUGCUUUUUUGAUGUAGUCCAGGAAAUCUACUUAAAAACAUUCUAGUGA